GAAACAGAACAAAGAUGCUGUUCCUUCUGUUGAUCGCGGCCACUGUCCUGCCUUCUUCUGGCAUCAAUGUCAAUGGGACAAUCAACAACGAAGGAGUUUGUCUCUGCUCCGUGGUUUUGCCUGAUACGUCAUUCCCAGUGGAAAAAAUGGAAUAUUUAGAAAUAACAACCGAGGAGCUCAAGAGCAAAGUGGAACUGGAGAUCAGCAAGGUGCGGGAAUACUCGAGGGCUGUUUCUGUGCACUCCUCCAAGCUGGUGAACCUGACCGUCCGUCUGGAGAAGAUGGAGACUGAACACGGCUACACUCAGCUUGACUUUGAGCUGUUGAAGUUGGAGAUCCAAGAGCUGGAGGCACUCACCAAUCAGCUGAAGCAGUCCCUCAAUGGCAGCAACAGCAUCAUCGAUCAGCUCUACAUGGAGAUUAUAAAUAUAUCCCGUAUUGUCAAUGAGCUGGAAUCAUUUGACAUACACAACGCGCUGGCAAUACGCAAAGAAAUUACUCUGCUGAAGAAACAGCUCGCUGACUGUGAGAAGAAUCAAGCCCCACCAACCCUUCCUCCCAUUGAUUUCGGAAGCUGUGAUCAUAAUGGCCUUCUCCAAUUGGGUGAACCUACCGUAAUACAACUGAACUAUAAUGGAUUUGGUUAUCGAUAUGGAGCAUGGGGCAAAGAUUCAAUUCCACCCCCUGAUAAAAAGGAGCUAUAUUGGGUGGCACCACUCAACACAGAUGCACGAACACUGCAAUCCUUCAGAGUCUAUUAUUCACACGAUGAUUUGCUCCUGAGUAAAAAUCCAAUAACGAAAUCACUUCCAAGUUCAUAUAGAGCACAGGGAAGUGGAAUGGUUUUGUACAAUAAUUUUUUGUAUUACAACUGUUACAAUACCAGAGAAAUGUGCAGGUAUAACAUUGACACAGGAGCAAUACAGAGGCAGACUCUUAAAGAUGCAGCUUACAAUAACAAGUAUUCUUAUGCAGGCGUCACAUACCAAGACAUAGACUUUGCUGUGGAUGAAUCUGGCCUUUGGGUCAUUUACUGCCCUGAAGCAAAGGCCGGGAAUGCUGUUAUUGGUAAGAUUAAUGAGGCCACCUUCACUGUGGAAAAGACAUGGGUCACCAAGCUUUACAAGCCUAGUGUGUCCAAUACUUUUAUAAUAUGUGGGGUUCUGUAUGCAAUUCGGCCUGUACAACCACAGUCUGAGGAAAUUUUCUAUGCAUUUGACACCAAAACUGGGAAGGAAGAUUUGAUUUCUAUAACAAUGGAUAAGAUCCUGGAAAAACUGCAAAGUGUUAGCUACAAUCCAGCCAAUCACAAACUCUACGUGUACAAUGAUGGCUACCAGCUGACUUAUGAUGUGAUCUUCAGACGUGAACCACCAGUGAGCAACAGUGGGAUUGCCAAUUGAGUAAUUAGCAAUUAACAAUCAAGCAACUAGGUCUGGAAAUAAUGGUGGGGUGGGGGGCUGUAAAUCCUUUGAGGAAUUUUUGUGCUAGAAUCUCAGGUUAGAUUUUAUCUCAGGUUUCGAACUCAGUUACAGCUGAAAGUGAUUGUCACAGUAUACAGCUUUGGUGUAAUAACUGAACCCAGACUUGGUGAAAUUCCAGUUGACCAAUGAACAUUCAGGGGUUAGGCCAGGUCUUGUGUGGAGCUGUAUUUGAACUGAGCUUUCAGGUAACUAACACUCUCAAGUGACACUGUGUCAAUGUGAAGAGGUUUAUCUCUAGAACAAUGGUAACAUUCUGUCUGCGUUAUUAAUUCUGGAUGUGACGGUUCAUUUAAUAUCUGGGAUGAUAAUCCAAGCUGGAUACUUGCCAUUGGUGGGAAACUCAUAGUGCGUUCGUUCGUUUUCUGUCUUCCUUGAAUUUGUUAAUUGCCAGAUAUAAUGGU